GAAACAGGCUCCAUAUUAUUGUGUCAACUACAUCCAAGGAUCAAUGAGUACAACAAUGUGAUGAUGUACCUCUUCCAAUGUAACAUGGACAUUCAGUACCUUGCAUCAGGAGAAGCAUCUAGGGCUGCGUUGUAUUACAUCACGGACUACAUGACAAAGGCUUCCCUGAAGGCACAUGCUGGGGUUACUGUGAUGCUCUACAAAUUUUGUGAGGAUGAAGGAGCACCCUGUGCAGUGCAAUCAAAGAGUUUGCUUGUGAAACUGGUGAACCAAAUUGAUGCCUCUCAAGAGACUUCACAUCAGCAGCUGAUGAGUUUCUAUGUCAGAGGGGGGGAUUGUUAUACAUCACACAAUUUUUCUUUGCUUCAUUGGGGG